ACGUAGCAAACUAUUCAACAGCGCACAAAUGUAUAUGUACCGAGGACGAAAAGACAGUUUAUUCGUCAAACACUGUCCUUUUGAUUAUACCUUUUCGUCAUCAAGUGAUGUAAUAAUUUUCUAACUAGCUUCUAGGUAAUAGGUGGCUUUUAAUUCAGGGAUUAUUUUAGAAAGGGUGUCAUAAUUAAAUAAAAUGAUAAAGGUAGUUUUUACAAUUCAUUUAUUUAAAAAGUUCAAUUGCAAACCAGCUUAUGAUAUUGUUUCCAAAUUCGAGUAAAAUAUGAUGAUGCAGAUUAUGCGAUGAUUAUUUAUAUAGUACCCGUAUAUGUUUACACUGUACUACACACUGAACAAAAAAUGUAAACGCCCCACGCAAUACUUUUUAAAACUAUCAGCAUUAUGAGUUUUUUAUAUAUUAAAUCAUAAAAAGGGACUUUUGUUGUUCAAUGUGCUACAGAUUAUUGUCCGUACUGUCCGUAGCUAUAUAGAUUACUGUCCGUACUGUCCGUAGCUAUAUAGAUUACUGUCCGUACUGUCCGUAGCUAUACAGAUUACUGUCCGUACUGUCCGUAGCUAUACAGAUUACUGUCCGUACUGUCCGUAGCUAUACAGAUUAGCCUACUGUCCGUACUGUCCGUAACUAUACAGAUUACUGUCCGUACUGUCCGUAGCUAUACAGAUUACAGAUUCCGUAGCCCAUUAUAUGUAAUAUAAAUAAUUCACACGUGACAUUUAUACUUUUGCUCAGUGUCUAUAUUUCAGGUAUCUGUCCCAACUUUGAGGUGUUGCCAGGCUACGGUGAGGUGUGUGUGUCCCGGUCUAUGGCCGAAAGCUGGGACCAGGCGGUGUACCGGUGUGCCAAGAUGUGCGGACGGCUGUUCAUGCCUAAAAAUCCAACGGAUGACCACGUGUUGGGAACGAUACUGAACAGAGAAGCUUCGACCAUAGGACUUUCAUCCAACAAGCGGGUAUGGUUAGGCGCCUACAGUAAAAACGGCAGUGCCCCCGUCUGGUCGGAUUCAACCCUGAUGGAGAGACCUACCCUCGCGUUCACGUCGUCCAGGUUAGGCUGUUCGGCAUUGACGGCAUACGUAGAGCCCUACAGAAGAACGGAGGACUUUGUGGCCGGCAACUAUUCUUGCAUCGGGCCGGUAACGGGCCAUAAUUUUGUGUGUAUGAGAAGUAGCAGCUACUCUGUACCAAAAGAGUGCCUAGUCGAUAGCUGCCCAAUAGAUGGCGUUCAAACACAAGCUUACGCGUACUACGAUCCGUUCUCCAACAACGCCACAGUGGAAUGCAAAAGGGGACACAUAUUUCCAGAUGGAACGAAAACUAAAGUACUAACCUGUGAUAAAGGCAAUUUUUUGGAAACACUUCCUCCUUGCAUACUAAUUGAUGAGUAUCUGGCAAGUUUGCCACCGAACUGGUCAGAGGGGAAGCACAUCACGGCGGCCACACUGGUGGAACCGGGGCCACGUGUGCCAGCAUCAGGGACACCGUAUCAGCCCCCAGUUAUUGGUAGGUCCUCUUUUUUUACUGUCUUCAAAUGGCAUAUAACAAGCAAAUAG